ACUGGCGCUUCCGGUGGCGCAGAUUCCACGCUCAAGUUCAAGGUAGUGCGUCAGCCAUUUUUGGUAGAGCGCCUCGUCAUCAAGGAGCUGUCGGGUCGCGACAACGCCGCACUGGCUGUCGUUUAUCUGUCCGAAUUCAAGACUGCUACCUCGGCUUUUAUCCUCCAGGCUGUUGAUGCCAAGUCCUGCAAGGUUUGGUGCGACUGUUUCCGCAAGGCGCGGGACAAUUACGUGGAAGCUAAGUCAGCAGCGACAUCUAAGGCCUCUCAGGUGAUGUCGAUGUCGACGACGACUAUGUUAGAUGGCGGACCUCUCGCGCCACAGGCGUUGAUGACGUCAGUGCCGUCGUUCGCGUCCGACGACGGCGACGGUCUGCACUUGCUGCCUUGUCCGAAUGCCUAUUCCCCUGCCCGGUCACCGGCGCCGUCGUCGAGACCCAGUCGGGGUUCGUCUCUGGCCCGGUCACACAGCGGAUCGAUGGAUAUUCAAUGCGAUGCGAUGAGCGAGGCGAAUGACACUUCAGCAGCUUCGCGAGGCGCCCAAACCGGAGUCAUGAGGCCCAUGGGAAGCAGUCCGAUGAAAGCUCGGUCGUUGUUGGGACCCAGUGCACCCGCAGUGAGUUUACCAACGUCGCCGCAUUUGAGUCCAGCGAAUCAACUGCAGCAAACACAACAAAUGCACUCUGGCCUGUCGCAUCUAUCCGUCCUGUACACAUUGCCUUCGGGACAGUCCAUGCCUGAUUUACAGAAUGCGGUUCAGAAGCAAAUUCCGAACAUGCUUACGAUUCCUGGGCAAGGAAACGAACCUUGUGAUCCUUGCGGACGGCCGCCAUCUCCGGGGUCGCAAGUCCGCAUGCUGAGUCCCACAACCCGAGGGAUUUCCUAUCCUCCGCCUUCUUCACGAUCGCUGAAGAGAACGAUGCCAGUGCCUCAAAGCCGGUUCCCGCCGUUGCGGAAGGCAGACAGAGUGGCUUCGGAAGGACGCGCGAAUCUCGGCCCUGUUUCCAUGUCCGACUCGAACACGUCAUCGUCAUCAUCGCAGCAGCAAAGCACGAACCCGUUCGCACCUGGGUUCAAUGACGGCACCCCGGAGAGAACCAGCAGCCCGAUCGAUGACUUCUGUUCCGGGGUUGAUCGUAUCGGCGCGGGUAACGGGAACAAUCGACGACGACCCGUGAGAGCCGAGGAGCGAAGGUAUCUGACUGCAGGUGCUGUCGAAGAUAUCAAGAAACAUCAAAGCAUGAAGGACAGUAGCAUUCACAAGCGCCUCUCGCUCAACUACUCGAGCGGUUCGUCCUCAUCGACCCUCGGGGCAGGG